AUGGCCGCCGCUACCGCCGAAGAGAUCCGCGCCAACGCGUAUGUCGGUUUCGACACCAUCACCCAGCAGAUUGAGCACAAGCUCUUGAAGCGGGGCUUCCAGUUCAAUGUCAUCGUUGUCGGCCAGACGGGCCUUGGGAAGUCGACGCUCAUCAACACCAUCUUCGCCUCGCACCUCAUUGACUCGAAGGGGCGGAAGGAAGCCGACGAGCCCGUCAGGCAGACCACGGAGAUCCACCCUGUCUCCCAUGUUAUUGCCGAGAACGGUGUGAAGCUGCGGUUGAACAUCGUCGACACUCCUGGGUAUGGCGACCAGAUCGACAACGAGAAUUGUUGGGAUCCCCUCGUCAAGUACAUCAAGGACCAGCACAGCGCAUACCUGCGCAAGGAGCUGACGGCCAUGCGUGACCGCCACAUCCAGGACACGCGCAUUCACUGCUGUCUCUUCUUCAUCAAUCCCACCGGCCACUCCCUCCGUCCCAUUGACAUCAUCGUGAUGAAGAAGCUGAGCGAGGUCGUCAAUGUUGUCCCCGUUAUUGCCAAGUCGGACAGCUUGACGCUCGAGGAGCGGGAUGCGUUCAAGCAAAAGAUUCGGGCUGAGCUUCAGUACCACAACAUCCGUCUCUAUCCCUUUGACACGGAUGAGAACGAUGAGGAGGAGGUUCAGCUCAACGAGAGCAUCAGGAGCAUGAUCCCGUUCGCGGUCGUGGGUUCGGAGCGGAACGUCAUCAUUGACGGCAAGUCGGUGCGCGGCCGGAAGAACCGCUGGGGUGUUGUGAACGUGGAGGACGAGACGCACUGCGAGUUCGUCUACCUGCGGAACUUCCUCACGAGGACACACCUGCAGGACCUCAUCGAGACGACUGCACAGAUCCACUACGAGGCGUUCCGCUCAAAACAGCUGCUCGCACUCAAGGAGCAGACGAACCCGCGGCCCCCGGCUGCGCAGUCGUCGGCGUAAGGGCACGCUCUACGACAGUAGACCCUUACCUCGAGCCAUAUGCGCGUCCGCGUGCGGUUCUGCAGUCUCUCACUUGUGUCGAAAAGCUCUUGAUACCCCUUUCACUGCCCCGGCCUGCGUGUGCUUUGUGCUUCUGAACGCUCCUUGUUGGUUGUUGUUGGACGGUACCGCUCGUGUCUGUUUAUACUGGUUGUGCCCUGCCCCUACGCUCGUUUGAAUACCACAUUAAUGCGUCCGCGGCGAGUGUGAAGCGAUUGUGGGACGUGUG